AUGCUAACUGGAUGGAAGGGUACAACAUCAGACUCAAGAAUUAUAAAGAAUGCGCUUACUAGAGAUGAUAAACUAGUCAUUCCAACUGGUAGAUAUUGUUUAGUAGACGUGGGUUUACCUCACACGAGUACCCUAAUAGCACCAUAUAGAGGUGUUAGGUAUCAUUUGAAAGAGUACUCCAUGCACGCCCCUGAGAAUGCAAAGGAGUUGUUUAACCUUCGUCAUGCAUCAUUACGCAACGUAAUUGAACGAGCAUUUGGUGUCCUAAAAAAGAGGUUUCCUAUUAUUAGAAGUACAGCGGAACCAUUGUACUCGUGCGAAACACAGUCUAGCAUCUUUUUAGCAUGUUGUAUUUUACACAACUUUUUACUAGAGGAAGAUCGUGACAAAGAUCUUAAAGAUGAGGUCAUACAAGAGGUGUUAGAUGGACCACAAAAGGAAGAAAGUCAAAUUACAAGAGACAUACGUGAGGGUAGUACGAGAUCCGAAAAACUAAGGAACUCAACUGCAAAUGAAAUGUGGACCAACUAUUUGAAUUAUCCAAACAAUGAAAUAGAUAUGUCAAAGUAG